GCUUUAGGGUUUUGGUGAUGUUGCGGGGCUUGGGUGAUGUUCGUAUUGCCCUUCCUCUACCUUUCCUCCUCUUCAUCCUCCUCGUCCUCAUCGCUGGGCGCAGUGGUGUUCGAUCAUGGCCAUUGCCGAUGCCUCAGGUACGCGUGGGUAGGAGUGUUUGUGGACACCAGAAAUGAAAUCCGUGUGAUUCGUUUGUUUAGGCGGUACAUAUGAAGAGCUGCACGAUAACCGGGAUUGUGGUAUGGAGGUUGGUGACCAAGUGGAGGGCGAGGAUAGAGGGUGAGGAGGAUCGUGCGCGCGGCGUUGAUCAGAUGCAUUGGUAGUGAGUGAUCCGGGCGCUUGGCAGGGUUGGUGGUAUUUUUUUUUUGUUGUUGUGACGGGGUAGGGUCAGGGGCCAUGUAGCGUAGGAGAUUCAAGGCGGACAGGAUGAAGAAGGCAUUGACGGAGCUGUGUGACCUUCUUGCGGAGGAUUGUAAUGUGCUUUCGCACGGGAUUUCUUUGUUGCGGGACCAGUGUCCGUCGCUCGAAAGCUUCGCGGAUGCCGGGUUUCGGCCUACGGUUCGGCAGGUGAAUGGGAUUCUGGCUGUCGCAAGGUAUUUGUCGCGGUCGAAUGAGCCCGAAAAUCUUGGUGAAUUGUUGGCGCUCGUGCUGCGGUUCGUUGCUGCAAUUCCUAACAUUUCACGGAACGAGGCGUGGCCUGUUUUGUUCACCCAGGAAAGCUUUGAUGGCUACUUCACGGAGCUUGUCGGUUAUUUAGCUGAUAUUUCCGUGAGAUGGCCGGACGUCACAAUUUCUGUGAGCAAUGUACUUACCGACUUUAUCCUAAAUCUCCCAGAGGGAAGCGAAGAUGGUACCGAGUCUGUGAGGUGGAUUUCUUUAUUUUCUGUUCGAUCCUUGGUCGCAGCUCUGGCAUCAAAUUUUCCUCCUUUACUUUCCAUGGAUGCGGAUUCUCUGGCAAGAUAUAUUUUACAGCAUUGGAUCCUGCCUCCGUGGACACUGAAGGAUGCAUCAAGCAGGAGUACUUCGAGUCAAAGUGUAUCUGCUCAGAGUUCGCCUAUACGGUUAAUGUUUUCGUCCUCGUCAUCGUCUUCCACCGGCAAGUCUAACUCGAUGAAGGAUUUCAGACAAGGAUACAUGAGUGACGGCGCUUCUGAUUCAAGGAUUUCAACCUCUGCGGAUGACAGCCCCAGGCACAAUGCCAACGCUUUUUUCACCCCCAACUCUACACCCAGAGGAACACCCGGAAGAGAGCCUAAUAUGACCGGAGGUUUCCUUCACAUGAACGGCAACGGUAGCAGGACUAGUAGCUCUGAGUACGUUGAAAAUCAUGAAGCAAACAAGCGCACUCGACAACUUCUUGCCGCGUUAGAAGGAGAAUCGAUCGUGGUAUUGGAGAGACAGGAGCUUGGUUUCCGUUUGUUUGUACAAAUCCUGGAGAGAAAUGACAUGGAUGAGGAGCUGGUGUCGCAGAUGAGAGUUAUGGCAAUGAAUCAUCUGGGAGCUCUCCUACCACUUUUAAAGAUUCGAAAACGUGAGUGGCCUGUCGAUGGCAUGCCUCUUUUGGCUAAGAUGAAUAUGAAGCUGCAGGCCUCACAAGCCGCCGCCGCCGUGAUAAACAUGCUGCUGAAAUCAGAUUCAGAGGGGAGGCCCUUAAAGAGUGCUGCAGAUCGCCAAUCUUCUCAAAAUUCUAUUCAAGAGACAUUGACAUUUCUGCUGGAUGCGGCAGAUGCGUGCAUAGCAUCGCCUUGGCGAAGGAUGCGAUCGUGCGAAUAUUUAAUUGGGACCCUUCUGUCUGGAGUAUCGAAAACAGGUGCUUCACAAGGGAGCCAAAUGCUGAGGAUCUUUCUCUUACGAGUCAAGUCACUUGUACUGGCAGCGUGUUCUCAAGCUGACACCUUGGCGGGACAUCAGGGAACUGUUUCUGCAAGCGUCACCAAGAUAGCCUGCGACCUCAUCGAAGCCAGCUGGGAUGUGGACAGAGUUGCCAUAGAGUCUUUUCUGUUGUCGCUGGCCGCGUAUGUUCGGGAACGUCUUGAACGGGAGAAAAAGUCCAAGCAGACAGUGGUAGUUACACAGUUGAACGUAAUACCGUUGCUUGCAAAUUUGGUGGUUCUGCUGGACAAACCAGAGGCUGUAGAUUUGAUUAUGCCGCUUUUUGUGGAGAGUUUGGCUGAGGGCGAUGCUUCUGCUCCUAGUCUUAUGCGCUUAAAGGUUCUUGAUGCGGUGGCACGGAUGGCUUGCUUGGGUUGUGAAAAGCCAUAUAGAGAGGUUGUGGUCCUACUGGCAAUGAGCUAUCUGAAGAAACUUGCUGCAAUUGGUUCCCCAGAAAGCAACAGCCUUACGCGUGAAGCAAAAAUGGAGCUCGAGCAGACCCUGCCUACAGCUUUUCUGCUCAUUGCACAAGGCUUAAAAGAACCAACGCUCCGUUCGGAUUAUCGGCAGCGGCUUCUGAAUCUUUGCUUCGAUGUCAGCUCGUUUGUGGAAUCAAAACCUAGCAGAAAUGGGGCUGUUUAUCUUGGGCCUCUCCUUCCCGCAGUUGCAGAAGUCUGUUCUGAUCUACAACCUAUUCAAGAUGUAGACAAUUCAUUGCAGAAGCUGUUCCGCAACUUGUGGUUCUACAUUGCACUUUACGGUUUAGCUCCACCUAUUCAGAAAACCCAGCAGCUUAAUACAUGCUCGAGGUUUAUGGCCUCAAGUAGGAGCCACAACGUUCUCCAAUCAAUUUCAGGCACAGAUGCUUUGAAUGAGGAAUGGUUGAGUGCUGUCAAUCAACUUGCUCUGUGUACUCCGCCACUUGUGGUGACAUCAAUCAAGUGGCUGGAAGAUGAAGCUGAGCUGGUUGCGCUAUACAAUACGAAGACUAAGAAAGGGAGUGGGACUGAAAGAAGUUCUGGGGUGCAACGUGGCCUUCUCUCUGCUGCUAUAGGUGGACGGUUAAGUGUCGCAUCAUUGGGCAAUCUCUCAGGUGUGAAGGCUACUUACCUGCUAGCUGUUGCAAAUUUGGAGAUCUUGCGGUUAAGUCAGCAAGGUGGUGUAAUAAAAAAUCAUAAUGAUGAUCUGGAUUACACUAGUCUGUUGACUAGUGUAUUUAAAUACUUGGAGAGUACAAACUUGUCACCCGAUCUGCAUCAGUGUCUUACAGCAAUAGUCCACUCUGCUUUCGAUGCUGCUUUGGCAUGGCUGGAUAAUAGAGUUGCAACAAGUGGUGCUGAGGUGGUCGAGAAAGAGAGAGUGCUGGUUAGUCAUGCAUGUUUUCUUAUCAAGUAUGGGACACAUCGCGAGGAGUCAGUACGCGAACUUGCUGACAAACUUCUUAUCCAGCUCAAAGAAAAAUUUCCUCAGGUGCUGUGGAACGGCCAAUGUUUGGAGGCACUUCUUCGCCUUUUAUCUGAGCAAUCAGGAGCUCGCCCAGGGGAGAGCCGGUCUAAUCUAUCCUCUCGCACAACGAUGUACCACAUUCAUCCACGUAUAAAAGAGUGGCUCACCCGUGCCCUCGCUAUUGCUCCCUGCACUACUCACGGUCUCUUGCAGGAAUAUAUUCGGCGAGUGGGUUCAUGGCAAAAGGUGGCUACUUUGCUUUCUGGCAUAGAAUGUGAUACACACAACUUUAGUACAGAAAAUGUACCGGCUGUAGCUGCAGCUUCUGCAGCCGCGGCAGGAGAUGGUAUGAGUAGUGCUAAUGUGAAAUCCGUAGAGAUAGUGAGCAUGAAAAGACUUCUUGAUGGGAGUCUUGGUGGACUUCCUCUCACUAAUGGAUUACAGUCUAAAGAGACAUCAAUUCAACUUGGGUUCCACAACUCAAGUCAUUUGAAACAGAAGAGUGGUGCGGUGACCUUUUUGACAGCUCGUUAUGUGCAACAAAUGCAACACUAUUUAACAAGCUCUCAGCUUGGUCAACCUGUUGAUGGUGAUCAGUUCAGAGCCACCUGCUUGCAGGCUUCCGCCCUACUUCUUUGUGAUACGGAAGCUAGUGCAGAUGUACUUCCAGAGGGUGCCUUGCAGCUAUUGCGCCUUUUGUGUUGGUGUCCGGCUCAAUUAUUUACAGUUGAGGUGAUGGAAACGGGUGUUUUUGUGUGGACAUGGCUUUUAGCAGCAGCACCUCAGCUUGGGUCACUCGUCCUCGCGGAACUUGUGGAUGCCUGGCUGUGGACUGUUGCCAGCAGGCGGGGCCUAUUUGCUGCGGGUAUUGACAACUCCGGUCCUGCGGCAGUGCUGCGUCCUCACCUGACAGCUGGGAUCUCCAACUCCCCGUGUACUCGUGAUCCUGUGGAGGGAAUCAUGGCACAUCGUCUAUGGCUAGGCUUUAUGCUUGACCGUUUUGAGGUGGUUAAGUACACUGGAAGUGACCAGUUGCUUUUAAUCUUUCGCAUGAUGCAAGGUUCAAUGCAAACCUCAAACCAUUUUUCAUCACAUCCCGCAGCUGCUGGCAGCUUCUUUACGUUAUUACUUCUGGGCUUAAAGCUUUGUGAGUGUUCAAGUGCGAAUGGCUACUGUACUGAAACUUUUGGAGCAAGUUUGCUGCACGAUCACGUUUACAGAGCUGCAUUUGGUUGGUUUUCGGUGGAGCCUGGAUGGUAUCAGAUCCCCAUCGAAGGUAUGGCAAAGGAGGAGGCUCAAGCUGUUGCUAUCUUUGCUCAAUUUCUUGCACAGGACAGUUUUGAGGGUGUCUGCAAUAGUGAAGUGUUAAGGCGGUCGUCAAGAAACGGGUCUUUGUCUUCGCCAAGAAGUCCCACACAGACGCAGGUGAGUAAUCAUCCUGUUUGGGAAAAGGCAAAUAAUGAUUCAGCUGCCAGAGAUAGAAGAAAGCUUCUAUUAUUACUUUGUCAACACGAAGCGGACAGACUGGAGACAUGGGCUUUUCCUCUCAGAGACCACAUGCAACUUCGUUUUAAGCCCAACUCAGAGUCAUGGGGAGUCCAUGUGAAGACAGCUUGGGCUGUGGAUCCACGCAUCGCUUUGGCUCUUGUCGCCCGUUUUCCUGGAGCUCUCUCUUUAAAGACAGAGGUUGCGUCUAUGGUCCAGGCCCAUAUCCCUGACUUAGUCAAUGUACCACAGGCUUUAAGAUAUGUUGUUACGCCUUCAGUCGUAAAAGAGGAUUCAGAAGUAUUGAACUGGCUUCCUCACUGGGCAUCAUGCUCUAUUACUCAUGCUCUUGAGUUCUUUACUCCACCUUAUAAAGGCCACCCUCGUGUUAUGGCUUACGUUCUCCGCGUCUUGGAAUCGUAUCCACCUGAACGAGUCACGUUUUUCAUGCCCCAGCUUAUACAGGCUCUACGCUACGAUCAUGGGGGGCUGGUGGAAGGUUACUUAAUGGUUGCUGCACGAAGAAGUAACCUGUUUGCUCAUAUUUUGAUAUGGCAGCUUCAGGGUGAAGAAGCACCACCUGCAGAAGAAGUAGGAAAGGAAGGUGUCAAUGUAAAGAGCCCUUUGUACGAGAUAGCCCCUAGAGUGAUACAGCGUAUCAUCGAUAGCUUCACCCAUGAAGCAUUCACCGUGUAUGAUGAAGAAUUUCAGUUUUUUGACAAAGUCACAUCAAUAUCUGGUGUACUUUUUCCCUUACCUAAAGAAUCUCGUCGAGCAGCGAUCCGUAGAGAACUGGAAAAGAUUCAAGUGGACAGUGAUGCUUUGUAUCUACCUACUGAUCCUAACAAACUCGUGAAAGGCAUUGAGCUAGAAAGUGGUAUCCCCCUACAGUCUGCAGCGAAGGUUCCCAUUAUGAUAACAUUUGACGUGGUGAACAAGGACGGAGAUCACAAUCAGUUGAUGCGACAAGCCUGCAUAUUCAAGGUUGGAGACGAUUGUCGACAAGAUGUGCUGGCUCUGCAGGUCAUUGCCCUUUUGAAAGAUAUCUGGGAAGCGGUCGGUGUCGAUCUUUAUCUUUUCCCAUACGGGGUCCUUCCGACAGGCUAUGGGAGAGGAAUUAUUGAGGUUGUUCCAAAUGCACGGAGCAGGAGUCAAAUGGGAGAAAUGACAGAUGGUGGUUUGUUCGAGAUUUAUCUACAAGAGUAUGGUCCUGUGGGCUCUGAUGGUUUUGAGAGGGCUAGGAACAACUUCAUCGUCAGCAGUGCUGGCUAUGCUGUGGCAAGCCUUCUAUUGCAGCCUAAAGAUCGGCAUAAUGGCAAUCUUCUUUUUGACGAUGAAGGGAGACUUGUCCACAUCGACUUUGGAUUUAUUCUGGAAACAUCUCCUGGCGGGAAUAUGCGUUUUGAGAGUGCACAGUUCAAGUUGAGUCACGAAAUGACUCAGCUCAUUGAUCCCUCAGGCAACAUGAAAAGCGAAUCCUGGGAACAUUUCGUUAGUUUGUGUGUGAAGGGCUACUUGGCAGCCAGGAACCACAUGGAUGGAAUAGUAAACACAGUUCUUCUCCAGGUGGACAGUGGUCUCCCUUGCUUCAGUCGGGGUGAUCCUAUUGGGAACUUGCGGAAACGAUUCCAUCCCGAGAUGAGUGAGCGAGAGGCAGCAAAUUUUAUGAUGCAGACAUGUGCAGAUGCUUACAAUAAGUGGAGCACAGCCGGCUAUGAUUUGAUACAAUAUCUUCAACAGGGUAUUGAAAGAUGAGACUAAUACCUUCUUCGAUUCUAACAGAUGUCAAACGGACAAUCACUGGCCGGACAAUGGCAUAUAUGAUUCUUUUGUAGAAACCAAUAAAACUGCACACCGUGUGGGGCCCAGCACUGAAGACAUGUACAUGUACUAGUUUGCUGGCACCGUUUAAAAGUAGACAUUUCUUCAUUUGAUUUUAGUUACUGUCCAAUGUAUUAUAGUUGCUUAGGGUAGGAGUGAGGGUUGAAGAGUGUUAUAUUUAUUUGCUAUGGUACUCUCCUAACGGUAAGGCCAUGAAUGGCUUACGAUUGUAUCAUGAUCACUUGCAGUAAUGGACUCAGAUUAGGAUUUUAUUUUUA